UUUAUUCAAAAGUAUUACAAUAUCAGAAGUGUAUAUAAACGGUAUACAUAAAAGAAUUUAAAAUAUCGUUUUAUAUCUAGAGAUGCUGAAUAGCUUUACAUAAUUAAGAACUAAGGGUUUAAUAUUUUUAUUUUUUAAGAAUUUAACUGCUAGAUGUAUAAAUCUAAAGAAAAAAAUACUUUUAAUUGAAUAUUAUAGUACUUUAUUUUAUUUACGGGAUUGCUACCAAAUGCCUCGCUUUCAUUAUCACGGAGUAACAUUAAAACAUUAGUUACUACUCCGUGACUGGGGCGCUUUCAACAUGCCGAAAUAUCGGAGACUCACCAAAACAAGGUACAUGGUAGUAAAAAUAUACAUCAUAAAAUAUAUAGACCAUGGAAGUUUAAAAUAAUUAUAUCAAUAGAAUAUUUUACACUUGCACAUUUUCUGCUUUAGUCAUUGAAAAUUGCUUUUGAAUGUACUUUUUUUUAACACAUGCAAUAAAGAAAACACGUAUAUUUUUUUAGAAAAUGUAAAAGACUACUCUUACAUAAAACUUGUACGUUCUUGAAUUGAAAGUGUAUAAGCUUCUCCGAAUUCAGACACUAUAUUCACAGACUCAUCUAAGUUAACACUACACAUGUUUUCCCAUUUUCUAAUUGGAAAUUGGAUCUCUAGGAGAUCAUUCUCGUACAGCCAAAGUGCUUUCUUUGUGUCCACAAAAGAAGGAAGCAAUUUGAGUUCCAUAUGAACCUUCGGCGGAAUGAUAUUUUCGGCGUAAAUUGAGAGCACACGAUGUUUUGUUUUUAUCUCGAAAUUUUCUUCAGUGUAACCUUUUAAAGGCACGUAUAAAACGUAAAAGUCCUCACGGAUCAUCUCCAGCGUGCUGUUGUUGCAGAAAUAAUUCAGAUUAUAUUCGAUGGUUUGAAAAUCGCAGUACAAGUCUUCGAAUUUGGUCUCCGGAGAUUCAGUUGAAGUUAUGACGGGAAUUUCUGUCGUUGAAAUUGUCGCCUUGGUGGUUGUUGCAACUGUUGACUCCGGAACAUCGGUUGCAGUUAUAGCUGUUGUCUCCGGCACUUUACUGGUUGUUGGGAUUGUUGAAUCUGGAGGUGAUGAAGAAGGAGGGAAUUGGGAGAGUGGGGUUUGUGGUUGUUGUGAGGAAGUUGUUGGAGGAGGCGGGGGUGGAGGAGUUGGAGGUGGAGAAGUCAGUGGUGAAGUCUGAAGUGGAGGAGUUGGUGGUGGAGGUGGUGGAGGUGGUGGAGGCGGUGAGGGCACAAGAAGUUGAGGUGGAGGAGCUGGUGGUGGAAUUGAUGGAGGUGGUGAGGGCACAAGAGGUUGAGAUGGAGGAGCUGGUGGUGGAAUCGAUGGUGGUGUUGGAGGUGGGGAAGUUGGUGGAAGUGGUGGGGGUACAAGAGGUUGAGGUGGAGGAGCUGGUGGUGGAAUUGAUGAUGGUGUUGAAGGUGGAAGAGUUGGAGGCGGAGGAGUUGGUGGAGGUGGAGGGGGCACAAGAGGUUGAGGUACAGGAGCUGGUGGUGGAAUUGAUGGUGGUGUUGGAGGUGGAGGAGUUGGUGGUGGAAGGGGUGGGGGAAGUGAAGGGGGUGGUGGAGGUGGUGGCGGAGGUGGUGGCGGAGGUGGUGGCGGAGGUGGUGGCGGAGGUGGUGGCGGAGGUGGAGGUGGUGGCGGAGGAGUUAAAGGUGGCGGAAGAGGUAGAAAUGGUGGUGGUGGUGGUGGGCGUGGAUGAGGAGGUGGUGGAUGAGGAAGUAUUGGAGAAAAUGGCGGUGGGGGUGGAGGAGGCAGCGAAUGACAGAGUGGACCAUGACAUCGUGGGGGAGGUCGUCGCGGUGGGUUUGGAAAAGGAAAUGGAUGCGGAAAUUGUGGUGGUGGACCAUUGAAUCGGCCAUGUGGUCCAUGGCAACCGUGAAUAAAGUCAGGCCGCAUUGGAAAGGGAUGCCGACGAGGAGGUCUGCUCAUGUGCGGGUGAGUAGGAAAUUUUGGCGGAUGAUGAUUAGGGAAGCGGUGUGUGUGGUUGAAGAAAAAUCCAUGAUGGCCGUGAUGAUGGCCAUGAUGAUGGGAAAGCACUAACGUCGGAAAUAAGAUUAAUAAUAAUAUGCCACGACGUGAACUUUGAUACAUUUCGAUAUGCGCGUCUCGCGGACACGCGAUAUGUAGUGAAAUGAUUAAGCCAAGAAUGAACUGCGAUUUAUAUU